AUGUAUCGAGUUUUGUGUAGGCUACCAUUAUUCAAUAAUAAUAUUUCAAGACAUUACUAUUCGACAAAAAAUAAUGAAUUAAUAAAUAGCCUUAAGAAAGCGAUUAGGGCAAUAGGACCUAUAUCAAUUGCGCAAUAUAUGAGAGAGGUAUUAACAAAUUCUCAUGGUGGUUACUAUAUGACGGGUGAUGUAUUUGGUAGACAAGGAGAUUUUGUUACAUCUCCCGAAAUUAGUCAGAUAUUUGCUGAUUGGAAUAUGGUUUUUGACCCAAUGGCAAAGUCAAGGAAAACCAAACAAAAUCCAGAUUAUAGAAUUGGGUCCAGGAAGAGGAACGUUACUUUAUGA